AAAAAAAAUUUACAAUUAUUCUUCACAGUGGAAUGGAAGACAGAGAGAAGAAUGCUUACAUUGCCCAGCUAAUGGAUUGCAAUGAGAAGGAAAAGAACAGGAAGAAGAAGGCGAAGCAAGCCACAGAGAGAGUUGCUGUGAAAAAAUCAGCAGCAAAUUCUGCAACUGAAAACAAUGGUGCUGAUGUUACUGCUGUCAAUGGUGUUAGGAUUGCUCUGUUCGAUUUUUCGGUUGAAAAUUUCUUCAGAGACAUGGAUACCAUUAUCAGACUCUGUGGGCAAGAAGAUGACAUUGCUGCUACUGACCAGAUGGAGAUUCAAAGAAUGUCUUCCUCAGUCACUUUCUUAAGAGAAUGGAGAGAUUUUAAAUAUCCAUCAAAAAGCAUUAAAUUUGUGUAUGGACUCGAGAGUUCUGAUUGUUUUAAGGGAAAAGAUGUCAGUGCCAUAAAUUUGCCCCCGUUUUCUUCUGCCUCGGUUCCUGAGCAAGAUAUGCAAACGGAGCAACCUGGGGAGGUCAUAUCUCAAGAAUGCAGAGAUUUUGUGAUGAAUGUUGGAGGCUCUGUAUGGGCAUUAGAUUGGUGUCCUCAAAUGCAUGAAAAAGCUGAUUCUUCCACAAAAUGUGAGGUGUAAUGUAUAGGUGUAAUGUGUGUGUAUGUAUAGGUGUAAUGUACGGCAGUUUAAUGUAUUCGUUUUGUUAUGUUGAUUGCAUAUGUAAUAGUUGGAGAUUUUUAAUGUUUAAUGAAA